AUGGAGAAGCUUCAACGUUCACUCAUACUCUCCUCGACACUGCUUCCAGGGUCCCCGGGACUGUUUGGUGCCGAUGACGUCAGAGACGAGUGGGACCGCAUAGUGGGCGGCACCAAGGCCCCCAACGGCUCCGCGCCUUACCAGGUAUCCCUACGGUGGUUCGGAGUGAGGCACUUCUGCGGUGCUUCCAUAAUGACUACCAAGGUCAUUCUCACAGCGGCCCAUUGCGUCGACAGAAUGAAACCGCACUACUUCAUGGCGGUGGUGGGCACCAACCAGCUGAGGUCUGGUGGCACCCCCUACCCCGUCAGGAAAUUCGUUCGCCACGAGGACUACGAUGACCAGGUGAUCAAGAAUGACAUCGCGCUGGUGUUCACCCUGACCGAGAUCAAGUUCGGGAGCAACGUGGACGCCGUGGAGUUGAACAACGAACCGGUGAUGGCUGGCGAAAAGCUCCUCCUCACCGGUUGGGGCACGACGUCAUACCCAGGCAGCGUGCCAAACGACCUAAUGAUGUUGGAACUGAACGCGGUGUCGUUUGAAGAUUGCAAAGAGGCACACAAGAACAUAAACCCCAUCUUCGAAUCGCAAAUAUGCGCCCUAACUAAGGAAGGCGAAGGCGCUUGUCAUGGUGACUCCGGUGGCCCUCUGGUGAGAGGAGGACGGCAAGUCGGGGUAGUUUCUUGGGGACUCCCCUGCGCGAAAGGGAAACCCGAUGUGUAUACAAAGGUGGAGGCAUUCAUGGAUUGGAUUGAGAAAACUCUAUCUGAUGAUGAUCAAGACCAUCUUAAGGAACUCAAGAAAUGCAAAACCAAUCGUCAUGGA